GUUUUGUGUAAAAUGUGGUAAUUUAACCUGCUGCCACAUUGUGAGGAAAUCUCUUCCAGUAUAGCGUAAUGUUUAAUUGUUAAUACAAAUAAUUAUAAAUACUUGAUGAGAUGCACUUUGAUAGCCCAAAAAGCAGAGUUGAUGUGCCUUCUCCAUCGAGUCAUUGUGAGGGAUUGAUGCUAAUAAUGGAAAUCAAAUCAUUGUUGAGCAAGACCCACAAAAGAAUGUAAGCGAUGAAGAUGCUUUUCGGUGCCCCAAAAGAGUUGAUGUGCCUUCCCCAUCGAGUCAUUGUGAGGGAUUGAUGCUAAUAAUGGAAAUCAAAAGACAAAAAUGCCGUCGUGUGCCUGAGGAUUUUGCAACCGGGCAAAAUAUAAGCAAUGGCAAUGAUGAUGCUGCCAAAGAAUCAUUGUUGGAGCAAGACCCACAAAAGAAUGUAAGCGAUGAAGAUGCUUUUCGGUGCCCCAAAAGAGUUGAUGUGCCUUCCCAAUCGAGUCAUUGUGAGGGAUGGAUGCUAAUAAUGGAAAUCAAAAGACAAAAAUGCCGUCGAGUGCCUGAGGUUUUUGCAAACGGGCAAAAUAUAAGCAAUGGCAAUGAUGAUGCUGCCAAAGAAUCAUUGUUGAGCAAGACCCACAAAAGAAUGUAAGCGAUGAAGAUGCUUUUCGGUGCCCCAAAAGAGUUGAUGUGCUUUCGCCAUCGAGUCAUUGUGAGGGAUUGAUGCUAAUAAUGGAAAUCAAAAGACAAAAAUGCCGUCGUGUGCCUGAGGAAUUUGCAAACGG